AUGACAGGUAGUGAUAAUUCAUCCUCAAAUCGCCCAACUGCCCGUCGCAAAGACCCGGCUUGUGGGACAUGCCGCAAAAAGUGUCGAAAAUGCGAUCGGAAACGUCCCAUUUGCGAUAGAUGCCGCACCAAAGGCCUUCAUUGCGAAGGAUAUCCUCCGCGUUUUCAAUUUCAAGAGACAUUGACGGUAACUCACAGUCAAUCCAGCUCUCAGGAAGUCACAGCAGAUAGCCUUGAUGCCUCGCCUUCACAGCCUGUGAUCUUAAGUCAGUCACCUCCAGAAUUGUCAAUGCCGUCUGAUCCCGUUGCUGCAAGACUGUCGGCUUCACUUUCGCCUGAAUACCCUGUCCUUGAAACGUCAGCCUUGACCUUGGCGUCGCCCCAAACAUCAGCGACUCUAUCACUGUCGCCAGACGUUGUGUCCUUUACUGUCUCGCCAUCCGCACACAAUGACCUGCACAACGACAUUGCGACGAAUCGACAUAUUAUUGACUACUAUAUCUCAGUUGACCAAACGCUAAGCGAGCAUUUCAUAAUUCAUGUACCGGGAUUAGACAACCCGUUCAGAGAAUAUAUUCUGCCCCUUGCCUACCAGCAUCAAGGCAUUCUGCAUGCGCUACUCGGAUUAUCGGCAUGUCACAUGCAUAACACUGGACACGCGAACAGUCAGAGACUAGUCACGGUAUCUCUUGGGUACAGACUAUCAGCGAUACGAUCUCUUGCUUCUCUGUUGCACAAAGAAGACACCUCACGACUAACACCCACUGAGGAGGAAUAUGUUCUGGCUAUGGUAUUACUGCUCGUGUUGCACGAUGUCUGUGAAUCAGGCGUCUCAACACAUGGGGCUCACCUGACAGGCGUAUCGUUCCUAUGCAAACGGAUCGCCUGCCUUGACACCUCGCCUAGGCGUUCGAAAACAGCCAUGUUCCUUAUUUCCGCCUUAUCUUGGCUGGACAUGCUGCGAGGCUUCAGCGGUGCUGAAAAGCUGUCCUACUCCACCGAAGUACGAGAAUGUGUACGAGAUCACGGAAGUCUUAGUCUUCAUACACUCGUUGGCUGCCCGCCUGUGAUAUUCUUCAAAAUUGGGCAAGUUCUCGAAGCAGGUAAAGCUUACCUAGCGGGAGACCUGCCAGUUGAACAGUUUGAGCAAUUGCUUGACGGCGCUGAGAAGUUCUUCCGCGGCUGGGAUCCCGAUCAAGCCGUUUAUCCCACCAACCACCAAGAAUGGCGACGCCUAGCCGAGGCAUACAGACACGCAUGCUUGCUCCGCGUGAUGAGGUUUCCCGACGCCUUUGCGAUCUCAUGCGAUGACCCUCAGAUCAAAGCCUCCGUCUCCGCGGUCCUCGAUGUCUGUGCUACAAUACCGAGAGACAGCGUGUUUUACAAGCGUUUACUAUUUCAGCUGUUCCUGGCUGGAGCCGAUACAUGCUCUCCGCAUCAAAUACACUACGCAAGCUGGUGCAUCAACGAGAUCAAGCACUCUACAGGCUUCCAGCACCCGGCCAUGACUGAUCUAUUGACCAAAGUCUGGGACGAGAGACGGACGAAUCCUCGAGGAUGGUCAAACGUUCCCUGGAUGGAAUUCGUA